GACAUUAGAAAAUAGUUCAAAAAUUUUGUAAACGAAUUUUAGGAUAGCACGAGUUCAUUUGUCAUUGAAUUCCGGUUCGUUUCCAUUAAGAUCAAAUUUAUCUACUCAGGAAGGUCACAGUCACCAGCAUAAUUAGGUAAUUUUUCAAUUAUGACUGAAAAUUGUGAAAGCGAAAAACCUUCGAAAAUAGCAAAGUUUGACGACACUAACGAUGAGGUUGUGUCAAAAAUUUCGCCCUCAUUCGAAACGUUUGAGGGAUUUCAAGUUAAGCGUAUUUUAAAAGAGAGUCCCGAGUCGAGAUCAAUAGUGGUUGAAGGUUCCUUUAGUGGGGAUGAUUCAGCUGCCUCUGUAAGCAGUAUAGUGAUUUUAGAAAAAACACACUUUACUGAAAAGGAAGUGCAUGGUAUCUUAACAAAGAGUACUGCAUUACAGUGUUUGUUUAAUAAUGAUGUGUAUUACAAUUUUUUGUGCCACCCUCCAAUUCAACUAAAUGAGGUUAAGGCUACACUGAUUCACCCUGCAUCAGAGAAGCAUAUUGAAAAGUUCAGCACCAGAAAAAGUUUCCUAAUUGAAGAAACAGCAUUGAUCUAUCAAUCUGUGACACUUCUGCAUAUUAGAGAAUCUAAGUUUGACCUUCAGUGGGUGUACAAUAUUCUGGAACACAAGAAAGAAGCUGAUAGAAUUGUCUAUGAAGAUUUGGAUCCUGAUUGUGGCUUCAUUUUGUUGCCUGAUCUGAAGUGGGAUUGCCGGUCAACUUCUAAUCUUUACUUAACUGGCAUUGUUUGCAAAAGGGACAUCAAGUCUAUUCGUGACCUAACUUCUGAGCACCUGCCUCUACUGAAGAAUAUUUUUGAGAAAGGAUCAGCAGCCAUCACCAAAAAAUACGGUUUGGAUAAAUCAGAGCAACGCAUCUACCUACAUUAUCAACCAUCAUAUUAUCAUUUACAUAUUCAUUUUACAUCGCUCCAAUUCACCCCACCAGGGUGCAAUGUUGAGAGAGCUCAUCUGCUUUCAAACGUAAUACGAAACAUUGAAUUAAAAAGUUCCUACUAUCAGGAGUCUUCGCUGGAUUUUCUCGCCUUUGAAGGAGAUCCGCUACUGAAAAAGUAUCAUCAGCAUAUCGGCCUCAGUAGUGAUGGAGAUUAUUAGUACUCUGUGCGAAGUACACCCACAACUUCGAAUUGCAAACUUGUACAUUAGAUUAUCCUCUACUAACAAGAUCUUGAACGCAGCAUCAGUAUUGGAUAAUUCAGUGUGUUUUGAGGCAAUCGAAGAAGAAACUGCUCGGAUAGUUUUGAAGUUCCCUAUUUCAGUCAAGCUGCUUGAUAAUUACAAAAUCCAGCCUGUAAUCGAUAAAGAUUAUAUCCACCUUCGCAUGCCAAUUGGAGUACCGGAAGGAAUGAAAAGCGGAUCAGAAAGUGUCGAAGUAUUGGACUUGGUUGCCUUGUCGACCAAUGCGUAUAAAAGCCAAGGGAAAAUGUUUCAUCCGAUUAUAGGAAAAGAUUACCGCGUCCAGUGUGCUGAGUGUCAAUCUGUUCUCAUCAAUCGUUCUAAUUUCAAGCGUGUUUUGCCUUUGCCUCGUUCAUCGUGGAGUGAAGCCGCUUCCGACUGGUAUUGCCAUCGACAUGAGGGGGACGCAGACCAUCAACUGGUACCUCGUUCAACCGAUUGCCUGUUUGGAAGUUGUUACCAUGCUCUCACGACGAGUUUGCUCAUUGAAGGGAGCCUGGAAACCGCAGGCAGAGAAUUAUUAUGUUCUAAAUGUCAAGCCUCUGUAGGUCUAAUGGAAGAAGGCCUUAUGAAUGUAUGGUGCCACUCCAUCAAAUGGUUUCUGCUUGAAGAAAAUGAUCAAUGGAAGAUGAUAGAAGACGUAACGACGCCACUGCAAGCUUUUUAUUUCACACUGUACGAUGCAUUAGAAGAAGAAAAAUCUUUUUUUGGUCGGAAGCUAGCCUUUCGAGAUGGUGUAGGAGGCGGUCAGACUCUCCUUUUAUGGUUUGUAGGCGACAACGGAUUCACCCUUGAUUCCAAGGAAUCUGCAUCGGAGAUCGAACUGCGUCAAAGUGCACUCCAUAAAGUAUUGUACAAAUCGGAGAAUUCGACAAGUAAGAAAAUUCCCAACGACGUGAUUGAAUACCAAGUGAGCAGAGAGAUGAUGAAUAGUGCCUUGUCGGUAUUGCGCAAUAGUUCCGAGCAACUUCCCCCUGGAUGUCGAACGGCCGCUGGCUUCUCCAUAGGCUAUCUGUCUCUUUCCUCGUGAAAAUGUUUCAAAGACACGCCCAUUUGUCAAUCAAUACACCUUUUACAGGAAA